ACGACCGGCGACCCCGACCCCGGCCCUAGCCAUCCUCGACCGAGAGCAUCAGAGUUAGUCUCCGCUAGGAGUAUGGUUACUCGUACGAGAACGGGUAGGCCGCCCGUCCGACGUGAGUCAGCGUCAGCCACGCGACGCCACUGCCAUGGCGGGUGUGGGGCGUUGCCUGGGUGAUGGGUGAUGGCUUGGUGCCGAGGUUGGGUGAGGGAGUUGUCGGCGGGGUGUGUGUGUAUGGGCCGAGGCUUUUGUGGUGUCGUGGGGUUUGCGAUGUGGGCUGUUUGUUUGUGGGAGUGGGAGUGGGAGUGCGUGUGGGAAUGCGUGUGGGAAUGUGCGUGGAGGUGAUGUGAAGGGAGAAAGGACUUGGUUGGUUGGGUUGGAGUUAGUGGUGGUGAGGUUGUGGGUGGUGAUGCGUAGAGCGGGGGUUUCUUUUUUCUCUUAGGAGUAAUAUUGUACUGCUGCUGCUGUUUGCUCUACCUGUGUGCAGUGAGGUAGGGUGGUGAUGAUUUUCUUUUUAAUAUUUGGAUGUAGAGUGUGAAAGUACCUAUUGUUG